AUGCUUAUAAGGAAAGAGCUUAUUAUAAUUAUUGGAAUAGUUACUUUAUAUAGGAUAUGCUGUAAAGUAGGGUUAAGUACAUAUGAGAAAACCCAUGGGACUGAGAUAAAAGAUGGAAUGUACAUAAAAUCCAAUGGGUCACUAUCUCCUAUACAGGAAUUUAUUUGUGAGAAGUUGAAUUUAAUGUAUUCAAUGCGGUUUUUAUCACCGGGAACAGAUGCACAUUACAGUCUAAUUGUUAUAGAUGAUGAAGAGAAUGAAAGGAAUUUAAAAAUAGAGUCAACAAGAGACUAUAAUAAGGAUGUAGCAUAUAUAAAACCUUCUACUGAAGAGAAGAAAGAAAAGGCAACAGAGAUACAUCUCACUGAGCAAAAGAAUGAAGAAACAGCAGAGAUUCCAACUGAAAAAAAAAAUGAAGAAAAAAAGAAAAAGACAACGUAUUUUGAAGACUACCACCAAACACUGAUAGAGAUGUUUCCUUCUUCUACUGGGUUUUUAUCAAUAUAUACUUCUAGAAAUGAUUCGUUUAUUAAAUUUCUUCAUCUUGAGCAUGUAAGUAAGCAUAAAAUUCAUAUUUUAGCUUGUUUAUUUUUAUUGGCAGAGGGAGUGGAUAUACCACUGAAACUAGAAGGCAGUAAAACUAGCCCAAUGCUAGUCUUGAAAGAGAUCAUAGUAAAAUCUGAGGAAGAAAAUAAAACAGAAGACUUGAAAGAGAGUAAGCCGGAAAUAAAGAAGAAAAAUAAAAAGAGAAAAUUAAAAGAGAGCAAAACAGAAAGUAAGAAAGAAAAUGAAGAGAGUGGAGAGAAAAAAAAUAUAUUCUCUCUAAGUAUGAAAUACCGCCCGGAUAGUAGAAAGAAUGAAAAUAGCAAAGAAAAGAAAAAAGCAGUACCACAAACAAGAGCAGCCAAUGUUAUAAAUUUCUUUAUAGGCAAUAAAACGAAUCUAGAUAUACGGGAAGGGGGUAAAUAUGCAGAGCCAAGAACAUAUGAAGAGUUUAAAACCGGCAAGUUUUUAAACAAUGCACGGUGGCUAAUACAGUAUUAUAUAUUCGAGUACUUGGAUAGUGAAGAAAAAAUAAUUGAGUUGGCAAAAGAGGUAUAUUCUAUGCUUAAAGAGUGUAUAGAACAAAAAGAGAAGGAAGGAUCAAAUGAAGACGUGGAAUAUCUGAAAAGCAUUGUUGACAAGUGUUUUGUUAAAUCUAGUGGUGCUAAUACAAUUAAAGCAAAGCAUAGAAUAGACAUAUUGACUACAAUAUAUAAAGAGUCCCCUCUAGUAAAUGUAUUUCCAUUUUCUGGCGACAUAGAUAUAUCAAAAUAUAGAAGUAUCUCAUCAUAUAAUAGAAAAGAAGAUUCCUUUAAUGUUGGCAAAAAGUACAGCGACUGUGUUGAGGCUGGAUUGCUUAGCUUGUUUUGCUGUUUAGCAUAUGAUUCAAAGAGUAAAGAGUAUAAUAUAGACCACAUGGGAGAAGUAUCACCGGACUUGAAAAGGUUCUUUGAUACGUACAAUAAACAACUGGAGACUGAUACAUACGAGAUGCAUAUGGAGUGGAGUAAAGUAGUGGCUGAUCUAGAGAAUGAGAAUAUUAGAUAUCUAAAAGAAAAUAGAAAUGAGCUUGCACCUGGUAUAAUAAAUAUGCUAUAUGUCAUUGCUGAAAUAACUGGGAGGUAUUCUGAUGAAGAAGAAUCAUUUAAAGAGCUUAAUACUCUUCUAGAAAGGGAAGAUAAUGUUAAUCAGAGUGAAUUAUUCACAAAAGUAGAGUUAUACACAGAAGAAUUGAUUUUAUCACUCUCUAAGAAAUAUACUGCAGAAGAAGACUCAGAAUUGCCAAGCAGAGAAAUAAAGAUAGAUAUUUUAAAUAUGUCAAAAUGCCCAAAUCUUAAUGGGCAAACGGAAUUAUUUGGAGAAGUAGUUAUAACAUAUAGUUAUUUAAAUUUAGAAGGAGGAAUAAAAUUGAUCCAUACUAUUGAGCAUUUACAGGCCACAUCCUUCCCCAGUAGAAUUAAUACUUUAACAAAUGAAAAAAAGAAGGAAAUAAUUAAUAAUAAGAACAGUAUUGAGAAUGAGUCGGAAAAAACUCUAACAGAUUUCCUACUUAUGCACUUUGUAGACAAAUUAAUGGAGGGUAACAGAUUUAUAAGUAAUUAUUAUAAAGAAAAUAUAAAGAUAUCACGAGAAAACAACUAUUUCUACCCAAUAGAAAAGUUUUUUCUGUAUAACACAUUUAAAAGCGCUGAAUAUAAAAUAUACAUAAUACGAUAUAUUAGAGAGUGCUUAUUAGAGCAUUCAUUAGAAGAAACCGAUCCAUGGUCACGACUUCUGUCUAAUAUAAUAGGAAGUCUUCCAUUAGAAGACUUAAAUACAGUGCGUGACGUUUUUUUCAAUCCAUUAUAUAGAGCAGGAUUCUACAAAGGUUUCUGUACAAAAGUUAAUAUACCCAUAACGAUAGUUGAUAGAAAUAUCCUUUCAUACUCAGCAGGUGUGUAUUAUGAGCAAUAUAUAUAUAACAACAAUUUUUUCAAUAGGCAUUUAGAGUUUUUAAAGGCUCACUUACUAACAAAAAGUGAUAGAGGGAACUUUUUUGCAGCUAUAGUAUGCCAAAUUGACAGUGGUUCUAAUACUCAGUUUCUUUCUCUAUUAACACAUGGAAUUACAUCUAUAAAACCAUUAUUAGAAAUUGAAGCAUUUUUAAAUAGCAUAGACAGAGAUCUUCCAGAAUAUGAAACCGUCAUAAAAGCCAAUGAUAUAUGGUUGGUUUGGCUUAACAUGUCUUUUAGAUCAGAUGUUUUUAACAAGAUUACAACAAUACUCUUUGAUAAAAUUGUGAUUGAUGAAGAUUUUAUCACAAUUAAUGAAACUAAAUAUGAAUAUACAGAUGAAAAUAUUAAAAAUACGAUAUCAAAGUUUGAAAAAUCAAAGUUUCCUCAAACAGUAAAGAACCACGUGCUUAACUUGAUUAAAAAAGACCUUGAAUACGCCAAAAAACUUAGUUAUCUAAUAAAAAAGUAUGAAGUAUUUUUGGUCCGUGACGUGCGCACGCCGCGAAAGCCGGCUGUGGGUGAGGUAAUAGUCAACUAG